AUGAUGUCGUCCCAACAUCGCCAGCCUCCUUUUGACGCGAAUGAAUUCAUUGAGAGAUGGCUACACACAUCCAUGAGCAAUGACUUUCACCCCAACAGCCCUACCGACCACUGCACUGUCCGUACAGAUGAGCAUUUUGGUCGCAGAGACCCAGAUCAAAACUCAGCUAGGAGGCAUGACAACUCACCGGACCGGCACAAUUUCCAGAAGCCUGCUAUCUUAGACCCCACAACCACCGAACAUCCGAGCCACCAGCUUCCCGAUGAUCAGUCUGCGAAUAUCCCAGAUCCUGCAGCCAAGUAUGCACGUCAAAAAAGACACCCGACCAGAAAAGACAGAUAUAAUGUCCAAGAAGUGAACAAAAUGCAACCGACCAACCCCGGCGCUAGGAGAAAGAGGCGGAAGAAGUCUGGGCCCGAGCUGAUAGACCAUUUUGAGGCUCCCAACAUCCACACGCAGCGAUUGACAUUGAAACCGAGUAUUGGACCAGGAUUGUUCAACAAGGCUCGGUCGUCAGCACAGGUUGGCCAGAGAGGUCUCCCAGACCUCAUCUUUUCUGAGAUGAAAUUCCUCGCCAACAAGUUCAAUCUCGUCCAUACCAACAACACAAGCUCCGUUAGGCAGCCACAGACAGUGACCCGGAACAAGUUGCCUGACGAAGGGGUUGACCCUUUCUCUUCCCGAUCGAUCGAUGCUUCUUCAAGAAUACGAAAUGCGCCUGCUUACACAGCUGAUAACCCCACCCCGCCAGCGAUCACCAGCAGGAGGGACUUUAUGAAUAAAUUAUCAUCGGUUCAUUGCAUGCUUCAAACACCCCAUUCGAGGCCGUCAAACCCUCAAGAACCAGUGCAGGUCGCCCCAUGGUCAUUCUCACCUGUUAAACCAAUGAAUCAUCGAUCACCACGAAAGCGGCCUGACAUGCUCGAUGGCAAUGCUUCAAGAUUAUGGACGAGUUCGGUGGCAGAUCGCCCAGAGACGAUUCAUCCAAUGAGUUCAGCGAGCAACCAAAUGGUCAAGGACCAGGUCAACAAAAUGCUUUUUGGCGACAUCAGUUCCAGCACUCAGCCCUUGAAGAGAUAUCUCUCCUUGGAAGACUUGUUCCUCCUUGCGAGCAAGGAAGCAGAGGAACGUCCAAUGCUUGUUCCCGUUUUAGGGAGUCCAGGUUAUCCAUCAAAAAGCAAACAACUUAGGCCUCCCUCAGUGGGUUUCAGAAGAGACGGCGACCACUACAGAUCUAGUGUCUAUACUGAUACCGGCAGUAGCAUACAAGCAGGUAGGGAGUAUCGACGCGGAGCACAAGGAAUCAUUGAAACGUCAGGUUUAAUUGCCUACCGUCCUGAUAGAGCCACAGCCGAGACGCAAACUCACCACCAGGCGCGUUAUACAGGCCAAAUGGGUCUACCUUUGAGUUACACCAGACGUCUUGGGGCCGUUGAUACACCCGAGCUUCCUCCAUUACGAUCACCAUGCAGGCUCACAUACGGAUAUCAAUGUCCAUCCAUCGAACAAACUUCAGAGAUGUCCUGCUGUCAUGAUAUUGAACAGGAUCCAGCACUGGGUAUGAGCCCAGGUCACGAUAGUUCUAACAGCUUGGAUUUAUUUGACAAGCAGCUGCUUGAUACGGAGUCCGGGGAACAUUUGGAGGUCCAAGUUUCACCUCAUUUCAACACAAGGCCUCGCGACGAAGAAUAUCAACGGCAAUGGACUUCCAGUCAACCGAGUAUAGUUGAGCCGGAAAUCGGAAGUAAGCUUGAUAAUCAUGACGAUUACGAUGAAGCUGGGCAUCCUGGAAGGAGUGGUAGACAGAUAUUUCCUGGACUUGAGACGAAAUGGGCACCUGACAUCGGUGUAUUGGGAUCCCCAAUCAGGACACCAUUUAGAGGGUUUGAUCGGCCGCACAUUCUCUACUGA